AUGCCUCCUCUCAGAACCAUCCCCGCAGCCAAGCCAGUCAAGACUGAGCGCACCCACGAAGAGAACCAGGAGAGAGCUUACAUUGCAGCCUCUCGUCGCAGUGACCGCAGUCUCGAGGCUCGCGUCGAGUCAGCUCGUCGUGCUUCGGAGAUUCACAAGAGACGCACAGGCAGAUCUCUUCGUGUGACCGAGCAAGACGUUAUCAACGAAGAGAUGUACGAGGAAGAGGAUGACGAUCUGCCCAUGCAGUAUCGUCGCCUUACCGCUCAUCUACAGACAUCCAAUGCAGACUUCGAUCGUAGAUUGGCGGCAUACUUGACCAACCACGUCGCCAUGCGAGCUGCCCUAGGCCACAACAUUGGAGAGGGAUACAACCCUCAGCAAUACUCGAACGCUCCUCAGUUCGCCAACCAACUAGGCCAAUUCCCCCAGUCGUUCCCCAACCCCAUGCUUCCGCCUCAGAUGGCUCAAAGGUCACCCCACAGCUUCCGCGCAUCACCUUACCCUGCACCUCAGCAGGGCUUCCGUCAGAACAUGCACGGUCGCUCAGCAUCCAUCGCUACUCCCCAGGAGUUGCAAAAUAUGAACACCUAUCCUUCAGUACAGAGCCCUAAUGCUGCUUUUAUCAAGCCUGAGGAUCGUCGCAUGUCUCUUCCUGCUCAGUCCCAGCAGAAUGCUGCACCAUCAUCACCACACCUCACUUCCGCUUCUCGCACAUCAUCAUCCACUAGCCUCACGAAUCUGAAGCACGAAGCUGCCAAGCAGAGUACCAAUGGCCAGACAUCUCCUGUUGCUCAGACCACGCCACCGGCGUACGCUGCUGCUUACAACAACGCAUCUUCUGGCGGCCUUGACCCAAGCAUGAUGAACAUGAUGCCUUUCUCAACUUCAUUGCCUUACGAGUCUCAGCAAUUGCUUGGACCUAGAUUUGAUCAGAACGACCCAUUCUCGCAGAUGCUCAUGGGCGGCUAUGGUCAGCAGCAGUCUCAGCCAUUCUACACCUACAACCCCAACCCUUCCAAGUUCAAGGGCAACAGCCCUCAGUUUGACGGUAUCAACCAGACCCUCGCUCCCGGUAUGCUCGACACCAACAUGGACAAGUACAGCACACCCAUGUCAGGUGCGGAUUCUGCCAUCACUCCCUCCUUCGGUUUCGACACCAGCUUCGAUCCUCUGAAGGGUUUCUCAAGCGGAAUGACCACACCUGGCGAGAACGACUGGUCGAGCCUACUCGACUCGAAUGUUUGGGAGGACCAGAGCUCGCAGUCUGCGGCUGUGAACUAG